AUGUAUUCAGUUGAUUGCAACCGUUAUUUUAAAUCUGAUUUAUAUUUUCCUUCUUCAGCUACAAGAAAACGCUAUGUUCUUGAAAAGUAUCCGCCAAGUCGACAGACGCCUGCCUACAAUCCAUUGAAUUAUUCAUUUCGACCAAUUACACCGCCCUAUUUCGAUAAAAAUGGGUACGAAAGACCGCGUGCAAAUCAUCCUGACAAUGAACGGAGACAAAUCAAUCUGCCGACAAGAGAUCGACAAAUACAACAUACAACUGGAUUUCAAAAAAAAGUCGAAUCAUCUCCAAUAAGUGAAGUAAAUUUUGCCAUGGACAAAAUUGGUGGAAAUACAAGACGAAGUAAAGAUUUAGAAGUUGAAAUCAGACCAAAACGAUCUCGAAGACGUCAAUUAUUGAAUAAUCUAUUUGAUGUUUUAGCAAUAGCUGCUACGGCUAUUAUCUUCGGGCUGAUUUAUUCAUUAGCAAAACCAUCGUCAAGAGGUUUUUUUUGUGAUGAUACAUCAAUUCGAUAUCCAAUUAAGCCUGAUACAAUUCCGAUGUGGCUACUGGGAGUUUAUGGAGGCCUGGGACCUGUUAUUAUUUUUUGCAUUGUGGAAAUUUGGGUAGUCCGUCCGUUUGAGUGUGGUAGUCGAUCAAGUUCAAAUAAUAUAAAACGGCGACGUAUUGAUUAUCUCAAAACGAUUUUACAAACAAUAUUUCUUUUUGGGCUUGGCAUUGCAAUUUGUUUUCUAAUUACUGAAGUUGGCAAGCGUACAAUAGGUCGUUUGAGACCCUAUUAUUUAACUCUCUGUGAUCCUAAUUGGGCUAAUAUUGAAUGUACAAAGAUAAUACUAUCAUUCAGUGGUCCGGUGUCUGUUCCACAAUAUAUUACGAAUCAUAAUUGUAAUGCAACUGUAUUAGAGAAAGAUCUCCGAGAAGCACGAUUAUCAUUCCCAUCGGGGCAUGCAAGUUACUCAACAUUUGCAUUUGUGUUUCUAUUUGUUUAUUUCGAAGCACGUCUCGUUUGUCCGCAAGUUCAAUUUCUUAAACCAUUCCUACAAUGUAUUUGUAUAGCAAUCGCUUUCUAUACGUGUCUGUCACGCGUUAUAGAUUUUAAACAUCAUCCAACAGAUGUUAUCGGUGGCGCAAUAGUUGGUUUAUGCAUUGCUAUUUUUGCAGCAGUACGUGUGGGUACUUAUUUAUGGAGUUUCGGUGUUUAUUGUGAAACAGUCGACGAAACAAAAAAAGAUCGUUUACCACAAGACGAACGUGUUCCUAUACCAGGUAUCGAAAGAAGACAAAAUGGUGUGUCACGCGGAAACGAUCAAAUACAAUUAGAAACUAUCCAAGGUUAUCGUCAACAACCUAUAACAAAUUCUUUUUACAAUAGUAGGCCAUAUAAUGAUAAUAGUAUAUCUAUGACAGAGCCGAGAAGUGCUUCAAAUGGAACGUUCAAUGGAGUACGCCGUGUAUCACCAAGCCAAGAAUUCCAUGGACCCAAUAAUUAA